CGUUUUAAAAGUGAAUAAGUUCUUGUGCAUACGGUUAUUCUGUCCAAUUAGAAUAAGAACUACUCUAGAAAAUGGACCAGCUCCUCCUGACUUAUUUUAUUGUGAAAGUCACCGGAGGCCGCCAGCGCUUCUUGCGUGCGGCUCGAUGCAGCAGCUGAUCCGUAGCGUCGCUCCCACAGCAGAGAGGGAGGGAGGGGAUGGAGCAGGCUGGUAACCGGGCUGUAACGGGGAUAACCUGCAGCCUCCGUCUCUCAGAUGCUCUGAUGGAGUGAACCGGGCAACGAUGCGCGCUUAUUUCCUUUCUCUGUCGAUCAUGGAAAGGGUUCAUCUCACGUCUCAGUGAAGCCUGGGCCGGGGGGUCAGAGGUCGUCCUCCAAACCUGCACUUCUCCCUCUCACCCCUGCACCCUACCUCACCCCCUUCCCCACCAGUCACCCCACACUGUUUCCACCCCCAAACACAGGAGCUGCUAUUUUAGCUCCGUCCCUCCUCACUUUUCUUUCACUGCCCAUCUCCUCCUGCACAGAAGACCCCCAACAAACGAAGUAACUGUUUCAUGACGAGAGCCAGUCAGCCGUCCGCCAGGCACUAAGUGUCCCAGUCAUCUUCUCAGAUAACACCUCUCACACCCAGGCCUCAAGAUGAUGUGCGAGGUGAUGCCCACCAUCUCGGAGGACGGCCGCGGCGGAGGAGGAGGAGGCGGCUCGUCUUCCCCGGCUGGGGGCGGAGGAGGGAUGGGCGGCGGGAUGGGAGGCAUCGGGGGAUACGGCGGCCGGGACUCCCGCGGCGGUGGAGGCGGCGGAAGCGAUGAAGGCGGGAGCACAGGCAACCUGGAGUCACUGAUGGUGAACAUGCUCACGGAGAGGGAGAGGCUGCUGGAGAGUCUGAGGGAGACGCAGGACAGUCUGGGGACGGCUCACCUGCGCCUUCGAGAGCUGGGCCACGAGAAGGAGUCCCUCCAGAGGCAGCUGUCCAUCGCCCUGCCACAGGAGUUUGCAGUGCUGACCAAAGAGCUGAACCUCUGCCGGGAACAGCUGCUGGAGAGAGAGGAGGAGAUAGCCGAGCUGAAGGCCGAGAGAAACAACACACGACUGCUGCUUGAACAUCUGGAGUGCCUGGUGUCCCGCCACGAGCGCAGUCUGAGGAUGACUGUGGUCAAGAGGCAGGCCCAGUCCCCAGCCGGGGUCUCCAGUGAGGUGGAGGUCCUAAAAGCCCUCAAGUCCUUGUUUGAGCACCAUAAAGCGCUGGAUGAGAAAGUGCGGGAAAGGCUACGGGUGGCUCUGGAGCGCGUGGCGGCCCUGGAGGAAGAGCUGCAGUCUUCCUCUCAGGAGGUUCUGUCUUUACGGGAGCAAAUCAAACGACGACAGCAAGGACUAGACAACGGCAAAGAGCGGCUUCCCAACGGGCCGUCCUCCAUCUUGGACGACGGAGACAUUGACAGGCAGAGAGAGGGCGAGAUAGAGCGGCAGAGGUCGGAGCUGGGGCAGCUGAAAGAGAGACUGGCCCUCAUGUGCAGACAGGUUGGGGAGAUUGAGGAGCAGCUGACGUCCGCCAGGAGGGAGCUGACCCGAUCAGAGGAGGCCAACCAGAAACUACAGAGAGACGUGAAAGAGGCGCUAUGUCAAAGAGAAGACAUGGAGGAGAGAAUCACCACAUUAGAGCGCAGGUACCUGAGCGCCCAGAGGGAGGCAACGUCUCUCCAUGACAUAAAAGAUAAACUGGAAAACGAGUUGGCCAGCAAGGAGUCUCUCUACAGACAGAGCGAAGAGAAGAACCGGCAGCUCCAGGAGCGUCUGGACGAUGCGAAGCAGAAGCUGCAGCAAACCUUGCAGAGGGCCGAGACGCUGCCGGAGAUCGAAGCACAGCUCGCCCAGAGAGUGGCAGCACUGAACAAGGCGGAGGAGCGCCAUGGUAACUUUGAGGAGCGACUGCGACAGAUGGAGGCGCAACUGGAGGAGAAGAACCAGGAGCUCCAGAGAGCGAGGCAGAGGGAAAGGAUGAACGAUGAACACAACAAACGUCUCUCCGACACGGUGGACAAGCUACUGUCUGAGUCCAACGAGCGGCUGCAGCUCCAUCUGAAGGAAAGGAUGGCCGCCUUGGAGGAAAAGAACGCCUUGUCUGAGGAACUGUCUAACAUGAAAAAACUCCAGGAUGAUCUACUGGCUAACAAGGACCAGCUGAUAGCGGAGCUGGAAAGGCUUCAGCUGGAGUUAGAUCAGCUGCGAGCGAGGCCCGGGGGCUCUUACUCCAGUCGCUCUCUCCCAGGUAGCGCUCUGGAGUUGAGGUAUUCCCACGGGGGCGGGUCCCUCCCGACUGGCUCCACCACUCACCUGGAUCCCUUUGGUAAUGCGUCGGCUGGGGGCGUGGUCAGGCGAAGUCACCGGGCCCGUUGGAGCUCCGCCCGUGAGGAUUCUAGCAAGUACCCAGACUGGGAGAGCGGGGCUCUGCUGGGGACUGGGUUUGAGCCCGGCAUGGACGUGGGCUGCUCCGACGACGAGGACGACGGAGAGCCUCGGUUUGGCUCUGAGCUUCUGUCCCCCAGUGGACAGACGGACGUGCAGACCCUGGCCAUCAUGCUGCAGGAACAGCUGGAGGCCAUCAAUAAGGAGAUCAAAUUGAUCCAGGAGGAGAAGGAGAACACUGAGUUGCGAGCUGAGGAGAUCGAGAGCCGGGUCAGUGUGGCUUUGGACAGUCCACCCAUUCCUCCGUCCUCCCUGGGGAGAGACAGCACAGGACGGGGCUUCAUCCCCUCGUCCAUCACAUCCUCCACCCUGGCCUCCCCCUCUCCCCCCAGCUCUGGACACUCCACCCCUCGUUUGCCCCACUCCCCAGCUCGUGAGACUGAUAGACAGAACAACAAAGACGAUGAUCGGUCCCUCGCUCUUCUUGACUCCACGCCUCCUCCAACUCCUCGUGCACUGCGAUUGGACAGGAUGACCCUCACCCAUCCGGGGGCAAUGCUCGAUGACCCGCGAGAGUUUCGUAGUCUCUCAGCAGAUGGAAGCAGCUCCAACAGCAGCCAAGAUUCUCUCCACAAGUCCAGCAAGAAGAAAAGCAUCAAGUCUUCCAUCGGUCGGCUGUUUGGGAAGAAGGAGAAAGGAAGGAUGGGCCAACCUGGUCGGGAGGGAUCUGCUUCUCUUGCAUCUACGCCUUCUGAAGACCUGGCUUCUGGAGACCCAAUGGGAAUGAAUAAGACUGGAACUCUUGGUCCAGCAGAUAAAGACCGCCGCAGCAAAAAGAAACAUGAGCUACUGGAGGAAGCAUGUCGCCAAGGACUUCCCUUUGCAUCCUGGGACGGACCUACUGUUGUGUCUUGGUUGGAGCUGUGGGUGGGAAUGCCAGCAUGGUAUGUCGCAGCCUGCCGUGCCAACGUGAAGAGCGGCGCCAUCAUGGCCAACCUGUCCGACACCGAAAUCCAGAGGGAGAUCGGCAUCAGUAACCCGCUGCACCGCCUCAAACUGCGGCUGGCCAUCCAGGAGAUGGUGUCCCUCACCAGCCCGUCUGCCCCGGCCAGCACUCGCUCUUCGACCAGUAACGUGUGGAUGACCCACGCGGAGAUGGAGUCUCUGAAUGCCGCCACCAAGCCUCCGGAGCUGAAAGAGUUCAGCUGGGAUCAGAUCCUGGCCUAUGGCGAUAUGAAUCAUGAGUGGGUGGGAAACGACUGGCUGCCCAGCCUGGGUCUGCCACAGUAUCGCAGCUAUUUCAUGGAGUCCCUGGUGGAUGCCCGCAUGUUGGACCACCUGACCAAGAAGGAGCUGAGAGGACAGCUCAAAAUGGUGGACAGCUUCCACAGGGUCAGCAUGCAUUAUGGCAUCAUGUGCCUGAAGCGUCUGAAUUACGAUCGUAAGGAGCUGGAGAGGAGGAGAGAAGAGAGCGUCCACCAGAACAAAGAUGUGAUGGUGUGGUCCAAUGAACGUGUGAUGUGCUGGGUGCAGACUAUUGGUCUGAAGGAGUACGCUGACAACCUCCGCGAGAGUGGCGUGCACGGGGCUCUGCUGGCUUUAGACGACACGUUUGACUACACCGACCUGGCCCUGCUGCUGCAGAUCCCCAAUCAGAACACACAGGCCAGACAGCUCCUGGAGCAAGAGUACAACUCCCUCAUCUCCAUGGGAACUGAGAGACGACCUGAUGAGGAUGGAACUAAGACGUUCACCCGCUCACCCUCCUGGAGGAAGAUGUUUAGGGAGAAAGACCUACGGGGUGUGACCUCUGACUCCGCCGAGACCCUGCCUGCUAACUUCCGUGCCUCAGCCAUCUCCACGCCCUCGGUUACCCUGAGAAAAGUUCAGAGUGAUGCCAGCUCUGGUGCCCGGGGUGAAUCUGCCUCAGUGAGGACGUACUCCUGUUGAGGGGCUGAGGGCACUGACAGGAUUGGGACUAGAGGACCCUCUCGCUCAUCCACGGAGAAAGAAGCAAUGAAUAUAACCAUUUAAAAUAAAAAAUAAAUCUAUCAGUCUGACCAUUCUGCAAUAACGGAAGCAAAGGAAAUUAACACGAAGAUUGUAUGAAUGUAUUUUCUGAUCAGAACAGGAAGGUUGAAUGGGUUCAGCUGGUUGUCUCUCUCUUCUUGUUGUUCUGCCUUUGCUCUUCCUCCGUCAGUGUGACUGCUGCGAGGUGAAUAAAGGACAACACCGGUGUUGGUUUGGUCGGUGCCGGUCGUGCAGGUUUCUCCCCUCUUCAUUCCUGCCGGUGCCUGCACAGUCAGCGGAGUUGGCAAUAUCAGGGCUCACUUUCCUCCCUUCAGAGGAUACCACUCGCUGCCAUUUAUUGUCUUACAGUUUGAAAACAGCUAAACAUGUCGCCUUACAGCUGCUGCUCAACAACAGGUGUUUUUAAAGUUUGGAUUUUAAAACCAAGCGGACAGACAUGUAGUGAUAAAACACCGGUGUUCUCCUUUCUGCUAAAGAGCUGGCUGGUGUCCAGUGUCAGCCAUUGUGGUUCUAUUGUUGGCUUCUAUGGUCCUGUCAGGGGGUGUCUGAGUGUACCCAAUUGGUCAGGACGGUGUAGUAAAACAUGUCUGAAUUCAGACCACCAUUUAUGCUUUGUCUGUUGGCACCUUGAAAGCUGAUAGGCUGAGUAAAUCUCUUUUGAAGGGAGCCCAUUAUACAGAUCAAAGGAGCGGUGUCAGAUGGGACAGGGUGGAGCGAGGCCACAGAGGCAUUGUGUUCGGAGAUUUCAUGAUGUCCGUGGAAGGAAAUCAAUUAAGUUACGGUUGGUACCACUUUCUAAAAAGGCCAUCUUUACAAGGGGCUUAUAACUAAAGGCUUUUUAACAUUCAGUUUACUUAGCCGGACGGGUCACGCAGUCACAUCGGUGUCUAUUAACAGUUCCGUGCUUAUAGUUUGAAGGAAUAGUCCCGGCUUUUAGAUUCAGUGGUGUGAGAAAUAGAAAUGAGAGAUGGGAGGCUUUAAUUAAAGAAGGCUGCAGUGCUGUAGGAGACAGCCUUAAACUUGGUCCACAUACACAAAAGUUCUAUAUAAGCAACCAUUUAAAACCUGCUGUAUCGUUAUUCAUUCACCUGGUUGUCAAAGAUCAUUCCUUCAAAGGAACACACAAUUUGAUCACGGAACAGUUUCAGUAGCUUCUUCUACUGCUCAUAAAUACGUAUUAACAUUUAUAUCUGCAGGCUUGGUAGCUUAGUGUAAGUUACUGGAUGUCAUUAAAAAUAAACCAUUUAAUCAGUGGUUUCAUUUAAUAAUUUAAUUCAUGCUUUUUGUCAGGCUUCCUGGACUGACUCACCUUUCUUGUGAAUAAGUGGUCUAUCAAUUAUUGUUAAUAAACAGCACACAGCAUUAACUCCAGGUUAUAAGCCCUCCAUGAACUACGUCUAACCAGAAAGUGGUACCGUGGUUUGAAAUGCGUUAAGGAAGGUGUGUCACGGAAGCCAGACUCCUCACUAGACACACACAGCGUCAUCAUGCAGUUUACGACUCGCUGACUUGUAAUCAUCAGCUCAGGGUCUUGGGUAAUCCUGAUGAUGAGAGAGGCGUCAGAGAGACAAGACAGCAACUCAGAGGGAGAUGGAACGAAAAAAAAACAACAACAAAAAGGGAUGGACAGAAGCCGGUCAUUUUUACUGCACACACAAGCCAUAACAGAAACUAAGAGCUCUCUGGGGGUGGGGGGGAGGGGCACGGGGGCGAGACCAGAGAGAGAGGGGCAGGAAGAGAGGGCGAGCCCGAGGACGUCCAGGAAACAAAAACCUUUAGCCUCUGUGUUUACGAUGCAUGUCAAAUAAAACGACAAUGACCUAAAAACAUUUUUUUGGUAGUGAAAAUGAUAUGAGGUGUCGUUAAAAAAAAUAUAUAUCUGUAUGAUAAACCUACAGGGGUGGGAGCCUGGGGAUCAAUUUGUAAAAUGUGUGUAUUUUUUUCAGUUGUAUUUUUUAUUUUUUACGAUAACUAUUUAUUUUCUUUAGGUAUGUAUUGGACAAAUGUAUGUACAUGUUCCGUUCCUUCUCAACUUCAUUUGAAUCUAGUUUUAAAAGUAAAUAUGAAAAAUGGUCAUUCAAAUACGCUACUGUAUGUGUACAUUUUGAGAACAAAUUGUGCAAUGAUUUAACAGAUUUCCAUGAUUAAAAGUGAUAGUAAAACAAACUGAAAAUAUCAUCUGGAAAAUAAAGAAAUAUGAUGAUGAUGAUGAUGAUGAUGGUGAUUAUGGUGAUGUAAAAGAAGAAAAAAAAAAUAAAGCGAUCCAGGUGGAUCUGCUGAUCAUCGCAAA